AUGGCGUCGAUCAUGAUGUUCUUUAGAGCGCUCAUGAGUUGCCAUCUUACACCUAAAGAGGAGCCAGAGACAGCAGUAGAACUUUACAGAAAUGUCGCCGGCGACGAGAACACGACGAAGAGAAGUAUUUUGGUCGUUGACACUUCGCAUGGCGGCAAUAAUCACGAGUUUACCAUCGAAACCACGUGUGGGAUCAACGAUACGGAUGAAAGGUUCUAUUGGAUUAUCGUCAAGAAUCACUUGUUGUUGUAA